UUCUCCUCACACACAACAGCAUGGUGUGGUCAGUGAACGUCUGCUGUCCCUACCAGGGUGAGCUGCUCCCCAGAGUGCUGCCUCCCCUGAUCAUCACUGAGUUCCUGCUGGGCGUCCUGGGCAACGGCCUGGCCCUCUGGGUCUUCUGCUGGCACAUGAGGCCCUGGAAGAGCAGCACCGUCCUCCUCUUCAACCUGGCCCUGGCCGACUUCCUCCUCAACGCCGUGCUGCCGUUUCGUGCCAGCUACUACCUCUACGGACUGGACUGGAGGUUCAGUGAUGCCUUCUGUCGCGUCUUCCUCUUCCUGGUGUCCCUGAACCGUAACGGGAGCAUCGCCUUCCUGACACUCAUUGCCCUGGACAGGUAUAUGCGCGUGCUGCAUCCCCAUCACUCCCUCAACUCCGCCAGUGUCCUAAAGGCUGUGGCCGUCGCCAUGGCAGUGUGGGUGCUCACCGUCGCCCUGAACGCCCACCUCCUGACAGCGCCACAGCACCUGGCGGUGGGACAGGCAACGCAAUGCGAGAGCUUCGUGGUGUGUCUGGCUGCGGACCCCGCGUCCAUGUGGUACAAGUCUGUGUUCAUGGCCUCCUUCUUCAUCCCCUUGGGUCUCAUCCUCGUCUGCUCGCUCCGUGUCAUUUCCGAGCUGAGGCGCAGACAUCUGGAUCGCCACGGCAACAUGAAGCAGACCCUUUACUCCCUGGCCAUGGUGGUGGUGGUGUUCGUCGUUUGCUUCCUGCCCAGCAACGUUGCGCAAAUUCUGAUCUGGGUUAGGGUGUGGUCAAAGAGGACAUGCGACGCCGUGGAGGUGGUGAACGUGGUCUUCUACAGCACGCUGACCCUCACCUACCUCAACAGCAUGCUGGACCCUGUGGUCUACUACUUCUCCAGCCCCACCUUCCAGCAGGUGUGUAGACGGCUGGUGAGACUCAGGAGCACGGAGGGGAUGGUGGACACAGGGGAGGACGGGACUAAAGACAGCUCCCAGGGUGCCAGACAGGAGUGAGGGGUCUGUGUCUCCUGCUGUCCCCAGGCUGCCUGACAGGAGUGAGGGGUCUGUGUCUCCUGCUGCUCUGGGUGGAGAUUUCACUCAUGUGCUGUGCAUUAGUGCAUAUUGUUUUUGAUGGUCCUUUAUUAAGAGUAUUCAGCAUCUACUGUAUGAGGAUGUGAGUAUGUCAUUUGCAUAAUGUACAUUUAAACUGGAGACAUAUUUUACCGUAAUUAACCAAGGUUUUUACAUUGAUUAAGGAAAGUUUCCUUGGCUAUGAGGUUAAUACACAGGAGCGGGUUAUAUCGGAAUAUGGAAAUGUGUUCAUUCUUUCUUCAUUCUCCUUUCUGAUCCAAUUCUGAUUCAUUGGGCUAUUGGGCACUGCAAUUAAUACAGGGGUGCGGUCAAUACAAGGUUUUGUCUUUUUAUUGAUUGAUAAAAAAAUAUUCUUGAAAACAAUUAUAACUGAAAACAUAUUUUGUCUGAUUGCUUGUUUUAAUAUCUCAUUCAUAAUUACUUUACACAAUUUAUGUUUUAUGAAAAUAACAGUUAUUUCCCAUGUACUAGUCGCAUUGUGUUUAAACCGCAUAAUGGUGUUUUAUGCAAAUUAAUAGAUGUAAAAAAAUAAUGUGAAAUAGAGGUGACACAAAUAAACUGUCACAUAUGGAAUGUUCUGACACACUAUUAUCACAGGCCAGAGAGCAAAGGGUGGGGGGGCCAUGAUCACUAACAAGGGGCCACCUCACCUCACUUUUAUUAGUCAUUUUUAAAAAUUGCCAUAUAAUAAAGAACAUCCUUCGAGCCUUUUGGAUAACUGUGACGGUCUGCUGGCCUGGCCUGCUUCUGUGUCUGUCUUGUCUGUUCUAUUUUGCAGUGGGUGUGAUCCCUAACCUGACUCUCGACAGAUGAAUUUCGCUCCGCCUAGCUCCACUCAUCCAUCUGGAACCGAUCCAUUGG